UGUGAUUCCUCCCGGUCCCGGUGGAGCCUCCAGCGGAGCCUCGCUGUGAUUCCUCCCGGUCCCGGUGGAGCCUCCAGCGGACAGCUGCUGUGUGUCUCCCCGGUGGAAGAUGGAGCUGCUCCCGGUUCUCCUCCUGCUGUCGGCCGCCUGUCUGCAGCCCGGCUCCGGUGCAGCGUCACGGUCAGGACCCAAAGUCACCGAGAAGGUGUUCUUUGACGUCACAGUGUCGGGUCACGAGGUGGGGCGGAUCGUCAUCGGGCUGUUUGGAGAGGUCGUCCCUCUCACUGUCAAUAACUUUGUUGCCCUGGCAACCGGAGAGAAAGGUUACGGCUACAAAGGGACAAAGUUCCACAGAGUCAUUAAAGACUUCAUGAUCCAGGGAGGAGACUUCACCGCUGGAGACGGAACCGGAGGUCACAGCAUCUAUGGGACGACCUUUACUGAUGAGAACUUCAAACUGAAACACUUAGGAGCUGGAUGGGUGAGUAUGGCGAACGCCGGGCCGGACACCAACGGCUCUCAGUUCUUCAUCCUGGCUUCCAAGGCUCUGUGGCUGGACGGGAAGCACGUGGUCUUCGGGCGGGUCCUGGACGGGAUGGCCGUGGUUCACACCAUCGAGCUGCAGGACACCAACGACAGGAACCUGCCGUACACCGAGUGCGUGAUCGUGAACAGCGGGAGGAUCCCGGUCCAGGAGCCCUUCGUGGUGGAGGUGGAGGGCUGGUGACACCACGGGAGGAAUCAGAAAACUCACAUUUUCACUUCAUUACUUUAGCAUAAAAACAGCUAAUAGGUCCUGGUGGUGGUUUAUAUAGUUUGGUACCAGAACCGUACGCUAACAGAGUUUUUCAUACUUGAAGGAAAACACUGUUAUGAAUAUUAUAUGACAUCAUUUCUGCUGAUCCUCCUGAAUCUUCCUCACUGGAUCUUUAAAACAGGAAACGUCUGACACUCACAGCUACAGACGACUUUCAGCUGGUAUCAACCGUUAGCAUGUGACAUGUCACAAAGACUAAAUGUAACAUGCUAAACGUUAGCGUGUGUUUCAUAACAGGAAACUGACUGAAGAGCAUGUUUUCAAAUGUUUGGUGCUGUGAAUCGAAUAUGACGAUUAUCAUGAACUUUGCACUUACACAAUAACUGUAGCUCUUCAUUCAUCUCUUAUUGCCAAAUAGUUUCUCAUUUGCCAAAUUUCCUCACAUUUUCUAUGCAUUGAAUAUUUAAAUAUCAUUAAUAAUAAACAUAUGCAAACAAAAAGAAACAAGCAAACUCUGUAGCAGGUGUCAAACCUCAUUCUGUCACUUCAUUAUUUAGGAUUUUCUUUCACGUUUGGAUUUUUCUUCCUGAUGAAUUAUGCACCGUAUCAUGUUUGGAAAAAAAUCUACAGCACAAAUUGCACAGCAAGAAAAAUAUUAUAAAAGUGUGGAAACGAAGAUAAAUAUUGUCUGAUACUGUUUCUGUUUGAUUUAAAUAAUGAAUCUUAAUGUUUGACCAUGUGACUGCGUCAGUUAAUUCCUCAGAGUUGUUUUUAAUGUCGUCUCUGUUCUUUCAGUUCAAAGUGUUUGAACUAAUCUUCCUCACGCCACUGUAGCUAAUGCAGCAUUAAUAACCAAACAUAUCCAAAGUUAUGUUUCAUUAUUCAUAUUAACAAGAGAAGAGAAGAGUGUGAACAGCUGUGUU